AAAGUUUACAAAACGAUCAAUUUGGAUAAUAAAGUUGCUUUAAUUACUGGCUCUAGUGAUGGGAUUGGAGCUGCAACCGCUUUACUCUUUUCAUCUUUAGGUGCUAAAGUAGCCAUAGUUGGACGUGAUCAAAGUAAAUUGGAUAAAGUUGCUGCUGAAUGUGAAUCAAAGUCACCUCAUCACUACAAGCCUGUUGUUAUUAAGGCUGAUUUUAUUAGAGAUGAAGAUGUUGUUCGAACCUUUGAAGAAACCAUUUCUGUUUAUAAAACUUUGGACAUUUUAGUCAACAAUUGUGGACUUUCUUCAAAAAAAGGGUUCGGUGAACCUGAGGCAUUGGCUGAUUAUGAUCGAGUUCAACAGAUUAAUGUCCGUUCUGCUGUUCGUCUUACUGAAUUAGCUGCACCACACUUGAAGGAAACUAAAGGAGCCAUUGUUAAUGUUUCAAGUGUUGCAGGCGUAAGACCAAAUGCAAGAGGUUGGUCUUAUUGUAUGUCAAAAGCUGCACUGGAUAUGUUUACCAAGUGUAUGGCUGGUAAACUGGCUCCUCAUGUUCGAGUAAAUACAGUUAGCCCAGGCGGAACUCGAACAAACUUCUUUUCGGCUCAUCCAGACCCAGAUGCCUUUCUGUCAAUGGUAGCUCAAAGUGUCCCGCUGAAACGAAUUGGCGAACCAAUAGAUAUUGCCAAUUUAAUUGCCUUCCUUGCAUCUGAUGCCGCGAGAAACAUGACUGGUUCAAUUGUUCUUUCAGACACUGGCAUGUUAGUUGCUGAUCCUUAUGCAAAAUAAACGUUUCAAUUAAUUCAUGAAUUGAGGGAAAAUCAGAAAUAAUCAAAUCGAAUUAUUGUAUGAUUUCUAAAAUAAAAGCAAUUCUGAGAAAA